AUGGCAGAAAAUAAAUUGUUUGAAAUUCUUGCCAAAUUCACAAAACGUGAAGAUGGUGUUGAUCAUGCAGCACGAUCUAUGAGUUUGAAUAUUAUGGUCGUAUCUCUCGCAGCAGCAUGUGCCGGAGGAGAAGUGGUAAAACUCUACCGUCACGUCUGCGAAGGCCUACCCCUCGAUGAGCAAAAACUCGUGCAACGUCGGAUUAAAGAAGCUCUCAUUAAGACGGGACAUCUCUAUGGGACGCCCAAAGUGAUUCAAGCACUGUUUCCGCUGUUUCAGGAUUUGAAGGAUGAGGAGAUUGAUCAGUAUGGGCCGAGAUACUCCUCCAUCAACUCCUCCUUCCCCACCGCCCCCUUCCAACCCCCCCAACGCGCCCUCGCCGCAACCGAAUUCUUCGCCAACCUCUGGGGAAAUCCCUCAACCGCGCAAAAAAACCUCGAAUACAAUCUCAAAUACUGCCCGGAUUUACAUUUUCUCGUCACAAUGAAUCUAACCUGGCUCGUCUCUGAACCUGAAAUUUUCACCGCGCCAGAAACUUGCAUGCUCAACGGGUCAGCGAUGAUUUGUUCUCGGAGUGGAAGGCAAGCAUAUUGGCAUGUGAGAGGGGUGGUGAGGCAGGGCGGGACCAAGGAACAAGCACAAUUGGCGCAGGAGUUGGCGUUGGAGAUUGCGGGGUUGUAUGGAGUGGAUGUCGGUGGGGUGGUACAAUGGGAGGAUUUUGAGUGGGAGGGGAGGGAGGGACAUGUUUAA